AUGAGUCUCGACAUCAUUUGUCUCUUCAAAGAGGUGUUAGAAAAAGAACUAACAAAGAAGCCUGAGCUUAUGGUUUUACCAGAAAAAUCUCUCCAUGAGUUGCUUGCCCCAUCUAGACAGUCUGGUGAAAAUGAGGAUGUUAGUAGGAAGGGCAUAUUUGGCUACCCAUCUCGACCACUCUAUAAAGAUUUAGGCGAAAAGUUUAAAAUAUGGAUGGAAACUGGGAAAUGUCCUAUUGAAGAACUACCAAAUUUUGAGUUGUUAGAUGAGAAAGAUUAUGUUAAUGAAAGAUUAGAAAAAAUGUGUCAGAUAACACCGAUUUUGGAAAAAUUGAAAUCCUUGCAUGAUCUUCUAAGCAGAGAUGAAAUAUCUUUCUACAUGAGAGAAAUCAUCAAGGUUUUGGUUCAACUUAUUUUACAUUUCAUCAGCAAAAUUUUCAAAGUUUUAUCAAAUUGA